GAUCUGAGUAAGAAUGAUUCAGAGAAGCGUCAACUUGAAUGGACGGUCAACAGAGAGAGUAACUCCACUAACACGUUGUGUUUCAUCACAAGGCAACUUUCAUGUCGGACAUGUCUGGAUGGGGGAGACUCUAAAACCGGCGUUAUGGCCAUGGAGACCAGUGUUUGGACUACCUGCGACUACAGCCACAAUGUCACCUUCUUCUACAACUUGGUGGGAAAAAAGAUCAGAGAAGAGUGGACGAUGCGGGACUUUGUGGUGAUUGGACUCGGUUUGACAGUAUGUCUCAUUGUGGUCCUAGCCAACCUGAUGGUGAUGGUGGCCAUCUCCAUGAAUCAUCGCUUCCAUUUCCCCAUCUACUAUCUCCUGGGAAACAUGGCUGCAGCUGACCUGUUUGCGGGUAUCGCCUACGCAAACCUGAUGUUGAACACGGGCCCCUGGACCAGCACCCUCACCAAGGAGCAGUGGUACAUCCGCGGGGCUCUGAUUGACAUAAGCCUGACAGCCUCUGUGGCCAACCUGCUGGCUGUUGCUGUGGAGCGCCACCAGUCCAUAAUCACCAUGCAGCUGCACAGCAAGAUGACCAAGCGACGAGUGGUGCUGCUGAUAGUCUGUAUCUGGGCUGUGAGCAUCAUCAUGGGCCUCGUUCCCUCCAUAUUUUGGAACUGCGAGUGUGAUCUGGAUGACUGCUCCACUGUCGCUCCUCUCUACAGCCGCAGAUUCCUUAUCACCUGGGCAGUUUUGAACUUGCUCACUUUCUUAAUCAUGGUGGCCAUGUACGCUCGUAUCUUCAUCUAUGUGAGAUACCACACUUGCUCCGCGUCUCAGCACACCCCGGAGCUGCGUCAAAGGCAGACUAUCGUCAACCUGAUGAAGACCAUUUCCAUGGUUCUGGGUGCCUUCGUAAUCUGCUGGAUGCCCGGCCUGGUGACGCUCUUAUUGGAUGGGCUGCUGGGUAAAGCAAGCCACGCCAACGCCUAUGAGAAGUUCUGUUUAGUGAUAGCAGAAUGCAACUCGCUUGUCAAUCCCAUCAUCUAUUCCCUGCGAGACGACGAGAUGCGGAGGACGUUUAAGUGGAUCCUGUGCUGCCUGUGUCGGAGAGGGGCUGGCCAGCAGAGGGCGCUUUCUCCCGCUGAGGUUGACUCACCACUGCCACAGGAAAGUCUUGGCUGUGUCCAGAAGUCUGAAGAUCAGGCCGUCUUUACAGAACCAAACAAUAAAGAGGACAGUUGGACAAUGCAAGGGUUAUGACUUUUGCUGUCAUCUAACCAGCACAUGUUGUAUAAAAUUCUUUGUUUUUUCUGCUGGACUUCUGUCCAACAACCUCUUGUCCAUAUCUGCAUUUGUGAAUUGUAUGGAAAAAAUGAUAUAUAUAAAAAUGCUUUUGAAAAUAA